UUGAUUCCGGUUCAUUACUGUGCACUGCCAUUCGCACAUCCACUUUUAUAUCUUUCUCUGAGGCUGGAGCCUCUUCUUAAUUUUUCUCCUUCUUACCACGACUUUAUGCCUGACUCGCUUCCUCAAGAAAUCGUUGACACCAUUAUCGAUGAGCUGAAGGACUACACGCAUGAUCUGAAGUCGUGCUCGCUGACAUGUCGUUCUUUUUUCCCCCAAACUCGUGUCCAUCUGUUCACGUCGAUUGAGCUUUCAAGCAACAAGCGAUGCCAGGAAUUCAUGGUUUUGCGGUCCUCCUCCCCAUACGAUCUCUCUUCCUAUGUCAGGAGCCUCACGAUUAAUUUUCGCCGGAGCGACCUCACUUUUCAAAAUCUUCUUGAUGUCAUAACAUGCUUGACAGUCCACCACAUCACGCUGGAGCGUCUGAACUGGGGGAAACUCACAGAGGAUAUGCAAGGGGCGCUUUCCACAUCUUUUCCUCACCUCCGGAGCAUCUCCUUCGUCCACGUUAAAUUUCCCGACUACCAGACCAUCUGCGGAUUUCUGGGCGGAUUUCCAGAGCUCCAGGACGUCUCGUUAUCGGAUGCUCAUGUGCGCAAGCCAGGCGAUCACAUGGGAUAUGAGCGCAGCAGUAUACGGCUGGCUGGCCUAUCUAUCAUCGGAGCGCCUACUAGUAUCCACAGUCUCACUUCGCCUUUAAGCCCUAUAUCAUUGAAGCACCUCCGCUCGCUUAGGUUCACCUGGAGUGUUCUAAAUGACCUCCCCACCGUCCAAUCCAUCCUCCUUGCUGCUCAAGGGAGUCUGAAAGAGCUCAUCCUCACCCAAGCACCUUCCUACGGCGAGAUCGACCCCGGUUUUGUAACCGAAUUUCCUCGGGAGCUGCGGAUUCGAGAUCUGGACCGCCUCCAAGUUGAAAUGUGGGACCGGAACGUGUGGGGAGGAUCUCCGGAGUUUGAUCUCCUAGACGCAUGGAUCGAUAUAUUCAGGUGCUCCGCAGGGCAUGUGCCUCGGGAUAUUUCGUUUCACCUUUGCCUCUCUAGUGGCGCCGUGUUCGAGAAUUGGGAACAGGGAUUGGGCGCGUGGUCCUCGUUAGACGAGGUUCUCGCUACUGAGACGGGGCCGUUUGAGUCUCUGUCGCUUGUGAUAUAUGGACUUGAGAUGGCGGAAAUGAUGCAGUUCAAGGGUGUGAUAGAGGAUCAGCUGCCGAGGUUGAAACAGCGUGGGAUGUUGGAUGUCCGGUGUAAGAGUUUCUUGUCGAGAUGACUCUAGUUCGUUUUUCUGUUGUUUUGCUUUUGAUCGCGGGCUUAUGAAAGGGACGUCAGGAAAUAGGGUUGUUGUUCCGCAUUGACGUUUGUAAUAUACUCAGGACUUGA